AUGAUUUUCGUACUGGUAUGGUUUCUAUUUUUCGCCAAAAUCUCAGAUGGAAAUAUUCUUCACUCAAAUUCCAACACCCUUUCGGGAAUAUGCCAUGAUUUGGUACAAAGUUUUGAAAUAUUAAACAAGAAUGAACUACUUAAGUUGGUAGACAUAAACAAGUGCCAAGAUUAUGAACUACUAGGGGAGAAGGUCCUAAAUAUCUCAAACAAGGAAAGCAAUUAUUGCUAUAAAACCGCGGAGCUUAUAUUGUGCAAUAUAAAAUACAAGCCUUAUGAAGCGAAUUUUAACUGUGAGCAUAUUAGAGAUAAGUUCUUUCAAAUAGUAAACAAAUGUACAAAUGAUAAAGAAAGUACAGAGAACAACUGCUCAAAUGUAAACUUGGAAAGUUUAUUCAUCUCUGACCCCCUCGAGUUUUGCAGAUCAAACUUUAUAGUUUUAGAUGGUGGAAAACAAAUUGGAUUUGAAGAUGUGGAACACGACUAUUGUGUUAGAAUAGUGGACAAUUUUAACAUUUGCCAAUCAGUAGCAAAAAAAAUGAACCACAAAAAAUUUUGUCUAGAUGGAGGAUUCCAAAGUUAUUGCAGUCAUUAUAUUAAAGGUAUGGAAAAUAUUGUAAAUUCAUAUAUUGCAGAAAUACAUGACGACACAUAUGAAACAAUGUGUAAAAACUUUGUUCUACCAUUUGUCUUCUCGAAGCUAAUUGAAUCCCCCGAAACAUUCUCACCUAACAUUUGCAAGGACAGUGAUAAUGAUAUCAGUGCUAGUAUAUUGAAAAAAAGGGAUGAUAUAAUGUACAAGAGCCAAUCAUACACAGACUGUAUGGAUUCAGAACUAGCGUACAAAUACUGGGUGCAAGAUACAGAAUCAAAAAUGGACAAAAUGGCUAUCGGGUUACAAGAUAUUGUUAAACAUUCAAAUUUAUGUUUUAAUUAUAUGAUAUAUUGUUACAGUUGGUCAUAUGGUUUUGAUGAUCUUGUUAAGACUGAAUUUGGAAAGGGAAUAAAAAUGGUACAAGGCAUUUUUGACCAGUCUGUUAGGCUUCCUCAAUAUCAAAAUAAUAUCACGAAACUUAUCGCAGAAAUGGAUACCCUAUUCCUUCUAGAAAGGAAGAUACAGGAAACAGUCGUACACUUCAAACAACUUUAUUCAUUGGUCACAUCGGGGGCACACUAUUUCAUCACGUUUAGGUAUAACAGUGAACAGGACCGUAUAGCAAUUGGAAAGGCGAGGCAAACAUUGGCACGUAUCAACACCCUUUUUCCACAACGCGUGUCGAUGAUCAAAAGGGCACUAAAUACCAAAGAACCAUUUUAUAGCAAUAUAUCGAAGGCCAAUGAACUUCAUGAAAAGGCUAAUCAUUUGAAAUUUAUCGCAGAACUACAUGAGGCUCAACUAUCUGCAUUACGCAAAAUCAUCGCAAAGACAAAGGAUUCAAACUUUUUACAAUCCAUAAAACUCUCUUGA